GAGGGGGUUGAGAUCUCGCGAGAGCAGCAGCAGCAGCAGCAGCUCGAGGCGGCGGUAACAGGCAGGCACUAGGGGAGAGCAGCACCGUGUGACUGGCGGCCCUGGCUGGCCUGCGGGGCGGACAUUUUGUGGAAGACACGUGACCUGUGGACACGGAAAAUCAGCAGAGGAAAAAUGACGGUGUGCGCGAUGUUUGGAUGCAAGAACCGCAUGCACAAAGGGUGCGGGAAGCACUUCUUCAGGUUUCCCAUGAAGGACCCAGAACGGCUGGCCAAGUGGAUCGAAGCGGUUCAGCGUGACGAAUGGACACCGACUGUUCACAGCAAAGUCUGUAGCGACCACUUCACGGAGAAGGACUACAUGAUACGCCCAGGAGCAGCGUGUCCCUACCUCCGUAUGGAUGCCGUACCGGUGUCCCUUUAUCCUGUCCAACGGAGAAGGAAAACGAAGAAGAGGAAGUAUACAAGAAAAUCUGUAGGUGAAAUUCAGGUGACGAUUCAGAAUGACGGUCCCAAAGAUUCCAUUAUGAAUGACGGCCAUGAAAUGUUGAUGGAAGUGCAGGAUGCACAUAUGCAAGGGGUACUAGACCGAGCGCAGGAGGAGGUUGAACAAGGCAGGAAGCAGCUAGCGGAAGCGCAAAGCAGGAAGCAACAAGAAGAAGCACAAUGUGGGCAGCCGGGGGAGAAAGCACCGAGCAGGGAGCACGGGCAGGUAGCACUUAGUGAGAAGCAGGUGGAAGUAACACAGAAGGAAGGGGAAGUAGGGCAGAGUGAGCAGCAGGGUGAGGUAGUGACGAGCAAGAAGCAGGUGGAAGUAGAGCAGAGUGAGAAGCAGUGUGAGGUAGUGACAAGUAAGAAGCAGGUGGAACUAGAGCAGAGUCGGAAGCAGUGUGAGGUAGUACCAAACAAGAAGCAGGUGGAACUAGAGCAGAGUGAGAAGCAGUGUGAGGUAGUGCCAAGUAAGAAGCAGGUGGAAGAAGAGCAGAGUGAGAAGCAGUGUGAGGUAGUGCCAAGUAAGAAGCAGGUGGAAGAAGGCCAGAGUGAGAAGGAGUGUGAGUUAGUGCCAAGCGAGAAGCAGGUGGAACUAGAGCAGAGUGAGAAGCAGUGUGAGGUAGUGCCAAGCAAGAAUCAGGUGGAGGUAACACAGAAGGACAAGGAAGGGGAGGUAACGCAGACUGAAAUGCAGGUUGAGGUAACGCAGAGUGAAAUGCAGGUUGAGGUAGUGCAGAGGGAAAUGCAGGUUGAGGUAGUGCAGAGGGAAAAGCAAGGGGAGAUAUAUCUGAGCGAGAAGCAGAUGGUAGCAAAUACUGAGAAGCAAGGGGUGGCAGUGCAGAGCGAGAAGUCGGAGGUGGCAGUGCAGAGCGAGAAGUCGGAGGUGGCAGUGCAGAGCGAGAAGUCGGAGGUGGCAGUGCAGAGCGAGAAGUCGGAGGUGGCAGUGCAGAGCGAGAAGUUGGAGGUGGCAGUGCAGAGCGAGAAGUCGGAGGUGGCAGUGCAGAGCGAGAAGUCGGAGGUGGCAGUGCAGAGUGAGAAGUCGGAGGUGGCAGUGCAAAGCGAGAAGUCGGGGGUGGUGGCACAAAGCGAGAAACAGGGGGAGGCGGUGCCAAACGAGGAGCUGGGGGACGAAACUCAGAAUGAGCAGGCAGCAGAGAUGCAGGUUGAUGUGGAGGAUACGCAGAGCAGGAAGAACAUAGCAGGGAUCCAGACUGAGGUGGAGAAUGCAGAGACCGAGAACUCAAGCUCGCCAAGUGACAAAGGCGCAGAAUAUAUUCCAGUUGACCACGCGUAUUCGGCUCUCACUAGUGACAAGGAAAAUGAUAUUCCUGCUCCUUCCGGGAAUCCCAAAAUUGUUAAACUGAGGAAAAAAAUCAAAACUUUACAAAAACAAGUGCUGAGGCAGGGCGUCAAGAUAAAGAGCCUGAAACAAACCCUGGUUGAUUUACGGAGAAACAACAUGGUGGAGAAGGAUCCCGAGCGGGUGCUCUCGGAGCACUGCAGCGGCCUGGCACUGGCCUUGUUUACAAAUCAGCUGAAAAACGGACACAAAAGAUACAACGCCAUCCAGUACUGCAGCCUCAUGAAGGAGUUUGCCUUAAGACUGUAUUACGCCUCCCCAAAGGCCUAUAAAUUCUGCAGAUUGUUUCUCUGCCUGCCGCACCCUGUAUCAUUGAGACAUUGGAAGACAGCAAGCGAGGGGAACCCUCCUGAGCCAGUACAGACGGAACCUUUACAGGACGGACAGUUACAGGGGGAACCUUUACAGGACGGACAGUUACAGGGGGAACCUUUACAGGACGGACAGUUACAAGGGGAACCUUUACAGGACGGACAGUUACAAGGGGAACCUUUACAGGACGGACAGUUACAAGGGGAACCUUUACAAGAGGAACCAGUACAAGGGGAAUUUUUACAGGAGGGAUCUGUAUAGGAAAGAACGUUCAUCUUGGCUUCGUAUGUUAUCCCCCAUUAUAUAUAGAUAUUCUCCAUCGGGAAUUAAAACUCUGUCGUUCCACUUUGCUUUUAUUUUAAUUCCUUAAAACCUUUUCCUCUGUUGGUUGGACAAUGCAGCUCCUUUUGAGUUCUAUUACGGAGCCCCAAGGAUUGUUACUUGCAGCUCCUCUGUGAUCGGUGUGAUCCGGGCAGUGACUGCAGUCUACUUAGGCUCCGGACUGUUUUAUACACGCCACCUAUACACCGCUAAGGCCGAGCCAGUAUUUGGCGGUACACUGAGAACAGGCUCUAGCACGCAAAAAGACAACCGUAGUCUGCUGUAAGAAUGUGUUAUGUCUUUUCCAUUUCACUUUUGUCUUCACUUCUCAUCUUAAUAAAAACAGAAACAUUAAUUUA